UUAGAAGGAAAGAAAAUGGAAGUGGUGAUACCAGCAAUGGAUUUUGAUUUCAACAGCGCUAGAUCAUCUCCUCGUUCGACUGCUCCUUUCACGCCUACACGAGUUGGUGGUGGUGGCUGCUUCUUCAGUGCGCCGACCAGUCCCGCGAGGCUGUCCGAGUUUUAUCGCGAAUUUGAUAGAUUUUCAAUGAUGGGUGAUAGGCAAUGCAGCAGAAGAAGCAAUUCUUUGGCGAUUCCUUUUGAUUGGGAAGAAAAACCAGGUACACCGAAAUCACCAAGAGGAGAGGAAGAAGAUGAUUUUGCUUUUGCUUUUAGUGAGGCCUUGGAGAAAACAUCCCUGUCAGCUGAACAACUGUUUGAAGGAGGGAAAAUCAAGCCCUUGAAGCCACCGCCUCGGUUACAGGUAGAAGAGUACAACCAGAAAAACCCACUUUUAUCGUCCCCAAGGUCGCCGAAAUCACCAUUAUCCCAAGGCAAAAAGUUCAUCCGUGAAGCUUUUUCACCGAGAAAGAAAAAAGACCGUGACCCUUUUGAAACUGCCAUUGAAACCAGUCGACAUCAAACCGACAACCACAGAAGAGGAAGAGAAAGAGUUGAAGAUUUAUACAAGAAUUCAAGCCGUAGGGCAACAAGGUCACUUUCUCCGUACAGAGUCUCGACUUAUCCCUGGAAGGAAGAAGAAGAAAAACAAAAGCAAAACGAAAGCACCGUCAACAAGCCAUCGUCAUUGAAUUCAAAGACUUCACUUUCUUCAAAUAAGGGUUCCUCCAGAAAAUGGAGAUUAAGGGAUAUCUUCUUGUUUAGAAGCGCAUCCGAGGGACAUGCAACAGAUAAAGACCUAUUCAGGAAAUACUCGUCAAGUUUCCUCAAGAAACCCCGAGAAAACAAGAAUUCCAGGGACGUCGGCUCUUGUAGAAAAGUGUCGGCUCAGGAGGUGCAUUACGCAACCAACAAAGCAGAAUCUGAGAACAUGAAGAAGAAAACUUUCUUGCCAUACAAACAAGGUAUUUUGGGAAGAUUAGCGUUGAAUCCUGGAUUCUAAACAUUUAACACGUUCAUCAAAUCAUCAUUGGCCAUUAAGCUAAUAUACCAAGUGAUUUCAUAUGUUUGUUGUAAAGAUUAUGCAUCAAUCUCUUUGUACCUAUAAAAUGCAGGAUUCGUAUGAAGAGCCAAUCACCAGUUUUUGAGAUCAAUAUAUUU